UGAAUUUUCAUCUCUACGCUUGCGCAGAAAGUAAACAUGUUAAUAUAUAAAUAAUCGAUUGUUUAUAGAUACAUACUUGACUCUUAGUUUCAAUAGAACUAUUCAAAAUAAGCGGUGUUUAGAAAUCACGAGUACUAGAUUGAAAGCCAGCUGUGUGCGGUAUCUACUUUAGCGCCAAACCGCUUUGGAACAUUGAAUGUGAGCUGUCGUAGCAAAAGCUACCACAACGGCAAAUUGUUGCUUUUGUGAAUCAUUAUAGCUAUUUUUCAAUUUUCUUUUUUUAAAUAAAGUUAUUAUUUUAGUAACGUGUAGCUAUGACCCUGUAUGUGGACAAGUACCGGCCUAGAGAUCUAGACAGCAUCGAUUAUCACAAAAAGCAGGCGGCAUGGUUAAAACGAUUAGCCCAAGGUGGCGACCUGCCUCACCUUCUGAUCUAUGGUCCACCUGGUUCGGGUAAGAAGACCCGCGUCAUGGCGACUCUUAAGGAACUUUAUGGCGGAGGCGUUGACAGAUUGAGGAUCGAGCAGCAAGUGUUUACGACACAAAGCAAAAAAAAGAUCGAACUUCGAACGUUAUCUUCGAACUAUCAUAUCGAAGUGAACCCAUCAGAUGUCGGAAAUCAGGAUCGAGUUGUCAUCCAGGAGCUCUUAAAGGGCAUCGCUCAAACUCACAAUGUCGCUGUCCAAGCUCAACAAGAUAAGGAAGAACGCAAGAAAACGUUCAAAGUCGUCAUCCUUACUGAAGUUGAACGAUUGUCAAAAGAGGCCCAGCACGCAUUACGUCGUACCAUGGAAAAAUAUAUGGCAAGUUGUAGGCUUAUUCUUAUGUGCAAUUCAACGACGAAGGUUAUUCCAGCUAUUCGGAGCAGAUGUCUUGGACUACGGGUUCCUGCUCCCACGGCACAUGAAAUUGUGGGAAUUCUUCAAGGAAUCUCGAAGCGGGAAAAUCUGUCUUUACCUGAGGAGUUAGCAAAACGUAUCGCCGCAGAGUCAUAUGGGAAUCUGCGUAAGGCCAUUCUUAUGCUUGAGGCUAUCCGUGUUAAACAGUUUCCGUUCGCACCUAACCAAGACGUCAUCCUACCGGAUUGGGAAGUGUACAUCCGAGAUACGGCCAACGAAAUCAUCAAAGAACAAAGUCCUCAAAAGUUGUUCGCUGUCAGGGAACGGAUCUAUGAAUUAUUAUCACAUCUUGUACCUCCACAGCUACUCUUUGAGGAGCUGGUUCAGCGAUUGCUGGAGAAGACCGAUGAUUCCUUAAAAAAACGUGUGAUAUCAGAGGCCGCAACUUAUGAACAUCGGAUGCAGCUCGGAUCAAAGCCCAUCUUUCACAUCGAGGCCUUCAUUGCCAAAUACAUGGCUCUGUAUCGUGAAUACCAAGAGGAGGCCGUCGCCAUGUUUGAUUGAAUUGCUUGUUGAUAAAGCUGCUCGUUUAAGCUAACCAUCUUGUUCAGUUCGGGAUACCUUUUCUCGUCGGAUAAGGACCGACUAGACACAACAUGUUCAAUGCACAAGAAGGGAAUACUAUCUACUAAAUGAUAGCUUUGACACAACAUGUUCAAUGCACAAGAAGGGAAUACUAUCUACUAAAUGAUAGCUGAAAACCGUUAAGAUUCUUCAAGCUGCAUUGGAAAUAUCCUAUAUGAAGUGUUUUUACAAGGAUGAUGGAAUCAAACUGCACGCUUAUGACUGAAGAUGUUCAUCUUACGUAGUUCAUUGAGAAAAACCGUUAACCGAUGAGACGUCACGGAUAUUGAUAGUCUUUGUUUUUGUACAAACGAAAUAUCUUGAAAUAAGAGUGCGAGGUAUCAUUCUAUUUAGCAUAAAUUUAUAUUCAAAAUUAGGCAGGAUCUAUAUAGAAUUCAUCAAUUAAGAAUAUAAAUGUAAUCAUAAAGAUGCACCAGGAUUAUAUAUACGGUACAUAUAUUUCUAUUGUACGUUUGGUGAAGCUGCCUUUAAUUUUAUGAGUGAUUACGAGUGGAUGGCAUCCAUACGCAUUCAUAAACAACUUUAAAAAAUUUUGAAGAAUAUAACCGUAUGUAAGAAUUGCAGCUUUAUGCCCAGUGCGUAAGAAAAAUAUUUAACUAGACAUUUAUACAGCCAUAUAAGGUACUGUUCUGACCUAUUGCAAAAGACGCCAACGGAGUGUAUCGUUAAUGUUGAAUACACCGAUGCUCGAUAAAGAACGCGAAACAGAAAAAGGAAUUAAAAAUGAUAACUCAUUUUGUUCUUCAUAAUCCAAUUGCAUCAUGUUAUCCUGGACGAGCUUCCAAUGCCACUUAAGGGAGUCAGACGAGGUUGAAACUCGGGUUCAGUCGGUAGCCAUGGUACAAACCGUCACCCGGGCAUUAA